AUUUCGUGCAAGCUUAGCUGAACGAGGUAAACUUUGCAAAGAUGCAAAGAAUAUAAAAAAAUGUGAAAGAAAUAAAGCACGAUACAGAAGUUUUUAUACCAAUAUUUUUCAUUAAUUGAUGUAGAAUUAUAUGGAGACAUUACUUUACACAUACAUACACAAAUACUAGAAGAGAAUACUAAAAGCUUGUUAAUGCUUUCCGAGUAUGUUAUUACAAUUCAAGUAUAUAUUACUUUUCACCUUCAUAACAUUGCUACAUGGCAAAAGAAAAGAAAAACGAGAUUUAUCCGACCUGAAAGAUGACGUUAUAUUGAGCUCACUCUUCCCAAGUGAUGUCAAAGCCACCCGAAAUGAUCGUUCCACUACACUGAAAGACGAAUUAUUAGCAGUUAAAGAUGACAAAUCCAAGCAGGCCCAGCUUAAUAGUAUAUUAUUUCCACAAAAAUCUCAAGAACGUCGCGCAACCGAUCCAGUCUCCGAGUUUAUGUCACUAAAUAACAAUGUUAGAACUAAACUUGAUAACGGGCAGCCUAACGCCCAGUUUUUUAAUGCUCAAGCAGAUUUAACCAAUCAGAAACAAGACAUUAAUGCACAGUCUGACGUUAGUCUGAUGAGUUUUAACGCGCCUAUAGUUAACAAACAAACCGCUGUACCUUCGCAAGAAACAGCAGCAUUUCGGGAGGAUAAUUUGAUGGACCAACAAGCAGCUGUCAAUCCAGCAUUGUUUGCUUCAAAUUUUAUGCCUUUAUCUGAGAAAAAUACUCCGACUCAAAUAAUUUCCGAUGUUCGGCGAUCUUACGUACCCAUGUACCCAGUAUACGGCUCGUAUAGCUGGCAAGGAAACGGUUACUUCAACCCACAGUUGCCCUAUUUAAAUAAUGGCAAAUCUUAUAUUCCCUACAGCAUGGAAACAAAGUUAAAAGAUUUAAAACCAAUUCCAGCACAAGCGAGUGUGAGUAAGAAAACUAUAAUUCCUCAGUCUUUCAUUCAACAAGACGCAAAACCUGCUCCUGCUGUAUACUCACCACAAUACAAGAAGUCGGCGGUUCCUCUUUCACUCACAGCCCCGCACAAAUCACCGUCAUCAGAGUCGUUUCCUGUACAGUUAAGAAUAAACUCACCAAAUAAUAAAUUAAGAGGAAUAGUUCCACAUGUUGCAGAAUACGGGGAAACAGUAGAAUCUAUCCAACAAGCUCAGCGUGUGAUGGAUUACAAAAAGAGUAUUAUACCACAAACUUCGUAUAGUGCUAAUGUAUAUAAGAAAGACACCAUCCCAGAACCCCCUUCUCCACAAGUGUCGUUUUCAAAAACACCACAGAAGAAAUCGAAAGUGAAGACCAAUAAAUCUAAAGAGGCCAGCAAAAAAUCUAAAAAAACAUCUAAAAAAUCAACUGAUUCAAAAUCACAACGUCAGUAUAUUCCCCAAUACCAAUUUCAACAGCAAUAUGGUCCUUACAUCGCCAACUACCAACAACAAAACCCUUUCUCAAUGCAACAAAGUGUGGUUCAAUACACUGCGCCACAAAGCUCAGCUCAAGUACAAAAUAUGGAUGGUAUGCAUACCAGGCCUCUUAUUACAGAUGAGAAAUGUGCCGACCAAUAUAUUAGUUGUGGUGACUUUGCUAAAAAUAAUUACUGUACAAACUUUCCCGAGCUGAUGAAGAUUCAGUGCAGACAGUCAUGUGGUUAUUGUGCGCCACCGCCAACAGUAAACAAUGCAACACUUCCGACUGCUGCAGUUGCAUCUGCCAAACCUACUGCACCAUUAGCUGCAAAAAGCAAGGACAACAGCUCGGUGCAUGUCAAAGACGAUACGCCUGAUGUAGGGAGCGGUUCCGGCGAAAGUGAUGCACAGUCAGGAUCAGGAGAAACAGCUACUCCAACCGUCUCUGGUGGAAAACGAUUCAAAGUUACUAAUCAAGCCGAAGAUGCUGGAUCCGGAUCCGGAUCAAAUUCCAACGAAGAAUCAGGUAACUCUGAAAGUGGUUCUGCAGAAUCUGGAUCAGGUUUGUCUGAUGAUGCCACACCAUUAGUAAGAGAAUCUAAAGUUCCCAACUUAAAUGUAGCACGAAGUAAUAUUCCUGCAUCAAAAGUCAUACCUAAGGCAAGUUUAGGGGAUUUUACAUUCCCUGUUAAGAAAAGUACUAUACCAGCAGCUGUCACCAACGCUGAUGAUGAAGAUGAAAGUGGUUCCGGAAGUGGAUCUGGGGAUGAGUCAGGAGAAGAGUCUGGAAGUGAUGCUGAUGACGCUCACAGUGACAAAAAGAGUGAGACUCUAAAGAAACUCGCUCCCAAAGCUCUUCCGAAGCCAAAACCAGCAAAAAAGAAGACAGUAGCGCCAGUACCAGUAAAACAAAAAACAAGACCAACGAAAAAGAAAUCAGUGGUAGCAAAACCAUCAUUACCUGGACCUUAUCCUAAAAUUGAUUUAAAAGCAAUCGCAUCUGCAUUAGCUCAUUACGAAGAAGCUGCCCUUGAAUUAGCAGGUGAAUAUCCAAAACCUGCUUCAGAUUUGACCGAGUAUACACGUUCGUUCAUUCCGCAUCCAGUGAACGUUGAGGAGCAAAAACUAGAUAAAUACAGGCAAAAUAUUCAAGUAGCAAAAAUAAUGACAGAGGAACGUCGGAAGAAAGACGCUAUACCAAAGUUUUUAAAAUUAACAAAAGAUGUGCUUAAAGAUGAGGAAGAGAAGAGUCCAAACAAUGCUGACAGUUUGGACUCUGUCAGACAAAGAUUCGAAAUACCGGGUUUGGAACCAACAUUAAAUGAUUAUUAUGCCGAAACUGGCAAAAUUAACCCGUUUGAUAAUAGUCAGAAGUCUUACAAGAAGUCAAGAAUUGAAGUUGAAAAGAAAAACAAGAAGAGCAAAUACCAGCAAUUAGUUGGUGACCCGUAUGAAUACUUAAGAAAUAUGCCUGUCGGAGCUUCGAUGGAGCCCAUUAUGGAUCCCAAAACUCGUUCCACUAUACCGUCUGAUCACUCUUAUCCGGUGUUUUUGAUGAAAGUUUCACCAGCUGGAAAAAAGUAUAUAGAUGAACCAGCAUCACGACGUGGAAAAAUCAGAAAGGUUGACGCAGAGGGAGUUUUAUUAGCAGAUGAAUCAUCAAAGCGAGUCGUUGCACCACCACCACCAGCUGUUAUUGUUGCACCACCUGUCCAAGCACCUGUCCAAGCACCUUUUGUUGCACCUCCACCACCAGCUCCAUUUAGGGCACCUGUUUAUCAACCCCAGUAUGCCCCUCCUAACUCAGAAAUCUAUGGCGGUCCUUCUGCUUACAACAUGCAACAACAACAACAACCAAUGGCAGCACCACAGCAGCCGAUGCAACAGGCUCAAGCAGCUGCUUUACCACCACCAGUAGACUUUAACAACAUAGAACAAGCUACUGCACCUAGAGCCAGUGCACUUUUCUCGAGUGACGAACCAGUUGUUCCUGAGAAACAGCCAGGAAUGAACUCACUACGCAGCAAAAUGCUUAGCGCCUUUUUCUCAGUGAAGAAUGGUAACGAAGGAGAAGAUGGCGAAGGAAGCGGUGGUGGCUCUGGUGAAGGCUCUCGAAGAGGACACAUUCAGGAGCCGUUAGAAGGAUCUGGAGCAAGUGAAAUAGGCUCUAAAAAAUCAAUAAGUCUACACAAUCUAUUAUUUAAUGAGAACAGUCUAAAAGGCGAUGACGAAUCCGAGUUGGCAACGAACACUGGAAAACAAGCCAACACUCGCAAAUCACAAGAUAACUCUGUAAACUACUUACAAUCAAAUCUUGCAGUCCUCACACCUGAGAAUGGUAAACCAAGCUUCGAAGGCCAAGCUGGUUUAACAUCUGGACGACUAGGUGCGCAAUUUACAAUGAGCAAAAUGAGUAAAACACAAGAGACGAAUUGGGUUCGUCCAAAUGCGGAAUCAGAGCUGGCAUCUGCUAUGCCUGAAUCAAGUACUGGUGUCGAAACUGCACCUCAUACAGCCUCGGUAGCUGAUAAUUCAGAAUUGUUUUCAACACUGAGAAUGCCAGCAGCUUCAUUCACAGAAGACCAAAGACCUGCACUACGUAAUGUUGUCCCCAGGGUACCAAACAUUAAGAAGAAAAUCGAAGAGACAAAAGGUAGCAGUAAAACAAUUAUACCAGUGGAUAUAUUUUCUGGUAGACAGAAAAUUGAGGAGAGUCGCCCUCACACAGAGAGACCAAUUCAACUACACAAUCAACUGCGUCAAAAUAUUGUAAAUAAAAAACUCUUAAGUAAGGAUAUUUUUAAAGGUGAUUCUGGUCCAUUAUCAGCACCUCAUCUAGCUUUAGCUUCAGCGAGAGACACCGUUGAUAAAACAAUUUUAACAGACUUUCCAAGAUCACCGUUUUCAAUUAAUCCAAAACCAAUCAUGACUCCACCAGUGGUGCAUUCAUCAGUUAUAACCAAUCAAAAUAAAGUGUUAACAUUUAAUACAAAACAAUUUCAAAAAGCUAUAUUAGCAAAAAACAAUAUACUUUCUAAAAAUCAAGCCUCCUAUUCAUGGAGACAGUAUAUGCCAUUUAACAGUCGUUCCAACAUAGCAAGACAAAAUAUUAAUGUGGUGCGAAAUAAUUUACUGAACAAUGAAAAGACCUCACCAUUAUCAGCACAAGCUGGUUCGGCAAAAUAUGCACUAUCUAAUAAACCCUUGGUUGCCAAAUCUGCCGUAGCUGCAUCAAAAAACAAAGCUGCAGACCAGAAAGGUCAGGGCAAAUUCACUGGAAAUAAUUACUUGGUAUCGCCAUCAGCCAACGUGCGUCCACUAUCAUUUACUACAGCUGAUAUUAACAACGCACCAAGUUUUAAAGCACCUGUUCGGAAAAACCUGAUAAAACAGACGCCAGAUCUGGAUUGUGGAGAUAAUUGGGAAGGUGCCCAAGGAGAUUUCGGCACUUUCUGUUACAAACAAAUGCCGAUGAAAGCUUCGUUUGAUAAUGCAUUAGCGCAGUGUCGACGUCUCAAUGGUGAUUUGUUUAGUGUGCUUAAUGCAUACGAGAACAGAUAUUUGCAAGAUAAUAUUCAUGAAAAGUUCUGGAUAGGUUAUCGAGACAAAGGAAUGAAUGGAAACUGGAACUGGACUGAUAGUAGUGAAAGCAUAUAUACUAACUGGGGCAGCGAGGCAGAUGAUGACAACGGAAAACGUCAUGACUGCGUUUACAUUGAUGUGGACGAAAAGAAAUGGAAGGAUGAGUCUUGUUCUAAAAAAAAAUAUUUCCUAUGCAAGAAGAGAACUGAUACAUGCCCGAAGGAUUGGAAAAACUUGAAAUUAAACUCCGUCAUUGGCUGCUAUAAACUUUUCACCGAUGAAGUUAGUUGGGAUAACGCUGAGCACACGUGCGAAAAGUACAAAGCGCAUUUGGCAAGCAUAAGAAGCGAGGACGAACAAACAAUGGUAGUCCAGGUUUACGAAAAUAAAUCAUACUGGAUAGGUUACAACGACAAGGAGAGCGAAGGAGAUUGGCAAUGGACUGACCGUUCAACGUCUUCGUAUGAAAAUUGGGAUGAUAAAUCUCCCAAUAAUGGCGGAGUCAGCUGUGCUGCAAUGGUUGAAGGUGGGUCAUGGCACGAUGAACCAUGUCAAGAAAAACUAAAAUUUGUGUGUAAGCGAAAAGGUCCAAAACCAGAAAAAGUUCAAGGCUUAGAUGAUCAAGGAAUCCUGCUUCCUGUCGCAAGACUGCUAAGCAAAGAAGACACAAGGCCAAGUCAAGUCUAUGAUGAACUUGGAAAAAAUGGUUUAAGACCAGUCGUUCCAAUGUACUUUUGGCCAUUGUUGAAAACAACUAAAUCAGGGAUGGCAGGUAAUCGACCAAUGGCUGCACAUGGUGACGUCAAAUAUGUACCUGCUGGCAUUGCACUCGAUGGCGUGCACGCCUUCUUAGAUGGUGGAGAUUUUCACGGAAAAUGUAUUGCUGAACCAGACAAAUGUCAGAAAGGAUUUGCUGUAGCCAUACAGGUAUUCUUCGAAAGUAGUGUUCGUAGAUACAAGAAAGCACACUGCAUUAUUGACACUUCUGGAGGAGGACAAGGUUUUACGAUAUACAUUGCUGACAAUAAACUGAAUUACAAAGUUAUUAGUAAAGACGAGACCUGGGAACUAAAGACGGACCUGACAGUCGGCAGUUGGCAAGAAAUCGUAAUGACGUGGCACAAAGGGAAAGGAAUCGCUGUAUAUGUAAAUGGAGCUUUUAAAGACUCAGAAGGGGUUGGCAAGAAUACAGAAACUAAUAUUGGUGGAACGACAAGAUUAAUUUUAGGACGUGAGAACAAGGAUAAAGGUCCAUACACUUGUACGAAAAUGGUUGUUGCAUCUGUGGCCAUCUUCACUAAGGUAUUAUCUAUUGAAGAUGUACCAUACGCAUUCACAUACGGUGACACAGUAGUCGCUAGUUAUCGAUGGUUGAUGGCUGGAUUGCAGGAAUCUGUUGUUCCGGGCGCACCUGAAAUCGAAACGAAAGACACGAUAACUGACGUCGACGGUGGGAUAUACAUUGACGGCGACAAAGGUUGCUUAGAAAUUGAUGAUGUCGACCCUGUGUUGUACAACAUCAAAAAAUCAAAACAUGGAUUCGCUUUAAGUUUCAAACUCAAAUUCGACCAGCGGGUGCGUGAUUACAAACAACCGAAAUACAUACUGGAUACUGGCGGCCAUGUCGGCGGAACACAGGGAGUCUCAGUUUACAUCGUGAAUGAUAACUUGUACUUUCAAGUAAUGAGUAGUCCAGAUGAAGAUAUUAUGAUAUGGAAAGUCCGCGUCCCCAUCUACACUGUAAGAUGGCAACGUAUUGUGAUGACAUGGCGUCUUGACAAAGGUUUAUGGGUAUAUCUUGAUGGAACUUUCCGAGGUUACACAAAAUCACCAAUGACGCUCCCAUUGCAAGGUAGAGAUCAGCAAAAAAGAUUUUACAUCGGUAGAAGAACUACAGGAACUGAUUAUGCAGGUGCCCAAUUUGCUUUUGGUUCAUUGGCAAUCUACGGAAGAUUCUUGUCACGUGUUGACACUGAGAAUGUUUUUGGAGGAGCAGAUAGUCCAUUCCCUGGUAUUAUCAGAGAAGUGUGGAAAAACACACCUGGUGAAACUUUGAAAGAUUUAAAGGGUAACUCGGAUUAUCCAAACAAUCCUUCAACGAUUGAAAUCAUCGAAAACUUUGACGCACCUUUUAAUGUUGAGAAUAAUUAUGGUUCGAAGUUGAAGGGUUAUUUUAUUGCGCCGGAAACAGGAAAUAGCACAUUCUAUCUUUCCUGCAGCAAGGCUUGUGAGCUGUAUUUCAGCGGAGAUGACGAAGCUAAGAACAAAACAAAGAUUGUCUCGCUUUCCCAAUCAACAUGGCAUAAUCAAUGGAACAAAUACGAAAACCAGUCCUCCGAUGAUAUCUUUUUGGUUGCUGGAAAAUAUUACUAUCUGGAAGCCAUCCACAAAGGAGUUGAUGCUAGUGAUUCACUGAGUGUAGGAGUGCGCAUGCCCACGGGAAGAUAUCAACGACCAAUCAUAAAACAGAACUUACAAUGGCGUCUACCAGGAAACAAACAUGCGGGUCUUAUUCGUGAAGUUUGGUACAACAUUCCCGGUUACGAUAUUUCUGAUAUUACAUCCAACCCGAACUAUCCGAACAGACCAUCAAGCACGGAGGUGCUGGAUAAAUUUGAUGCUCCUUUUAACGUUGACGACAACUAUGGUUCAAGAAUAUCUGGAUAUUUCCAUGCUCCGGAGACUGGAGACUACAGAUUUUACUUAGCAGCCGACAACAGUGGAGAAUUGUGGAUCAGCUCUGACGAAAGUGAAGCAAAUGCAGUAAAAAUUAUCACAUUGAAUGGAUGGACAGAUCACAAUGAAUGGCUGAAGUAUAAAGAACAAAGAUCAGAGAAAGUGUUUUUGGCAGCUGGCAGGUAUUAUUUCGUGCGUGUUUUCAUGAAAGCAGAUAAAUUAGGAGAUUGUGCAUCAGUCGCCGUGGAGCUUCCUAGUGGUCACUUUGAAGGACCAAUCAAAAAGAAACAUUUAUCGUGGAAAAUUGUCGGCUCAAAAGACGGGCCUGGACCAAAAGAAAUCAUAGAGCCCACUCCUAAGCCUGUUGGCUUAUUUGCUUUGAAUGACGCUUCUGUAAAAGAUAUACUCUUACCCGGAGAAAACAAAUUGACGCUGGGUGAUGUUGAUUUAACAACCGGACCUGGAGGUGUCAAAGACGAUGCGUUUUUGUUCAAGGGUAACCAAUCAUCAUAUAUCGAGAUUCCAAACACUGGGAAACUCGAUACGAAAAAAUCGAUAACCUUAUUGGCAAAUAUAUUUCCUACUGGUGAAAACGGACCUAUCAUUAACUAUAAAAAAGACGGCUGGGGUGUCCAUUUAUGGCAAUUUAGUAAAACCCAGUUGUUUGCUCGAUUUGUCACCAGAGAUGGAGAGAUGAGCACUCAGCCAUUGGGUACCCACGUGCUCGAAUUAAACAAGUGGAACCAAGUUGGCGCAUCAUACGAUGUAAACUCUGGAGUUGCGCAGCUAUGGCACGACGGCAAAAUGGUUAAGAGUCGAAAUAUCGGCCAGAUUGAACUGCUCACAAAUGCUCCAAUAAGACUUGGAGCAAGAGAAGGAGAUGAUCGAUAUUUUAAAGGAAAAAUAUCUUGUGUGCAGAUCUAUGAUAAAGCAUUGAAGGAAGAACAAAUAGGUGAUUUAAAACACUGUCCAAAAAGCAAGGGAAAAGCUUCUCAAACGUCAGUAGAAAACGAUGAGUUAACUGUAUUCGCACAAGGUUCAGGCAUGCCACCGGAAGUUGAGGAAUCUGACGCCAUUGCUAGCAGAAUUGGUGAUGACACGGAAGAAGAGUUAAUUGUUCAAGGUGAAAAGAGCAAAGCUACGAAAUGUGAUCCAAACCCUUGCAAAAAUGAUGGAACGUGUAGAGACGAUGACAAAAAGAUCGACGGUUUUGUUUGCAAAUGUAGUGACGACUUCACUGGAAAACAUUGUCAAGUAUCAAAACCAGCUGCGGAGAAUCCUGUCGUGAAAAGAACAGAAAUACCAAAACUUUAUGAAAGUAAGGAAACCUCCGCCACAUAUGCCAUGUCGGACGAAAAGAAAGGGAACACUUCAGAACGUGUUAAUGUGAAAAAUCUUGAAGACAACAAAGAAGAUAUAUCUCUCCUUUAUCAAAAACUUGGUUGUUUCAAGGACGAUGCAACCCAUCCGGACUUGAAAACAAAGGUAAACAUUAAAAAAGCCACCCAGGAGGAGUGUGUUAAAGCAUGUGCGUUAGAAGAUAAAAGUUUUUCAUACUUUGGACUACAAAAUGGCAGUUCUUGUUAUUGCGGAAAGGAUUAUGGGAAAUAUGGGAAAUUAUCUGAUGACGCAUGUAGUGCAAAAUGUGAAGGAAAUAAAGAGGAAUCGUGUGGAGGACAGCAAGCCAAUAACAUCUUCUUCUUUGGUUUGGGUACUAACUACACGGUAAAAACAUUUACUGGUCGUAAACUUGGAGCCGGCACCGACGCAAAAAUUUACGUUGAAUUUAUCGGAGAAAGAGGCAGUUCUGAUUUCCGCCAGCUUGAUAGUCGCCUUGAAAAAUAUGAAGCUGGAAGCGUGGACCAACAAACUUUUACAUUACCAGAUCUUGGCAAGUUAAAACGGAUGAAAAUUUUACACGAUAAUUCUGGCUCAGCACCAAGUUGGUAUUUGGACAAGGUUCAAGUUACUGAUGAGGAAGGAGCAAGUUUCGAAUUUUUAUGUGGUGACUGGUUAAGUGACACUCAGAGUGGCGGCAAAUUGGAAAGAGAACUGGAAGCUCGCUCUAUAAUCCCUUCGCCAACGUGAUGAUCACGUGAAUUUCACUUGAUAGUUGAAGAGGUUAAGAUAUUGUAGACCAAGAAGGAUGUCAUAAGCGUAUUUCUCGUCUUCGUACGGAAACCAUCAUCGUCAUCUUCGUAUUAAAUUUGUAGACAACGUAGACAAAAAAAGUGAUUACAAAGACGAACAUUCCUCAAAACAAUUGAGACGACACUUUCCUUGAUAUUCGAGUUACAUCAGACGUUAGAUGCUGAUAAAGAGAUAAUACUUUGCUAGAUACUUUGUUUCUUUUACCUUUUUGUAUUGAAACAAGACCUUUUUUCCUUUUAUCUUCAUUGCACAUUCCGUUAUAACUGCAGUUUUUUCUUAAAAGUAGAAAUCUAUAUUGUAGAUUUUUGCUGAGGUUCUUGUGUCUACCACCGCCAUUGAUGCUAUUUAUCGUUUUUCUACCACCGCCAUUGAUGGUAAAUAUACAUUGCGUGUAAUGGCUAUGUUUUAUAUGUCGUGAAUUUUACCGAUUCUUAGAAUACAUACGUGUAAAUAAUUUUUUAUACAUAUUAAUUUUUUUAUACAUACCUUCACAAACAUAAUACUUGUUAAAACUACCUAACGAGAAUGAAACCUGUGUUUUAAAGCAAGAAAAUAAUUUUAAUACCAGUAAUAACAUACAAUUAACCUCAUUUGCACUAGUACCAGUUUCAAUGAAUUCAGGUUUUAAUUUCUGUAUUAGUCUUUGUUAAACACCUGAAGGAAAUUUUAUUUGAUAGUUUUAAAGGUCCAUAUGUUGAAUAAACUUUUUGAGGUGCUAUACAAACAUAUUCUUAUACAAGAAACACGAGUUAAUAAAAA